AUUACACUGUUUAAGCUUAAAACAGUAGACGCCUAAAACAUGGAAAUUUUAUAUGAAGGCCCUCUGAAGCACCGUACUACUGUUGACAGAAAACAAUGGGGAAAAGUCACAAAGCCUUUGGACAAGCCAUCUGGGCCCAGCGCCUGAAAAAAUUCGCACAACAAAAUGCUGGACGCCGGACAUGGGCAGCAGGCCCGGUCCGAGACAGCCAAGGGCUGUCCUUGACCUGUAUAACAAGGUCCAAAGAUGCCCACGGCAGUGCGGCAGCCAGCAGCCGCUGACCUUCCGGGGGGUGGCUGCGCUGCAAAGAGGCUGUAACUGUGGACUGCACAGUGACCCCCAUGACAGGGCUGGGAUCCAGCGGAUCCGGCAAUAUGUUGAGUCCGGCCGUCUGGCGGAGCUGAGGCAGCGCCCCAACAUCCAGCCCAAUCUGCAGCUUGAGCGGCAUGCUGCAGGCCAGGGACUACAGCCAGCGACCUCCACUUCCAUGCCUUCCUGA